ACCACCAUCCUCUCCUUCCGCUCCUUCCAUGGCCGGGCCUGAGGAUCCCCUCCCCGUCCUCGCGGCCGCGCCCCGCCGAAGCGCCGCCUCCCCUUCCACCGAGUACGGCCAGCCCAUGAUCUCCUCCACCGCCGUCACCCUCGUCGAGCCCCCACGUCGCCGCCGCCCCCGCCGCGUCCUCCGCCUCAUCCGCGCCAUCUGCCGCACCCUCCCCCUCUUCACCCCGCGGUGCCACCUCCCUCAGACCACGUGCAAGCUUCUCCACGCGCCCCCGUCCCUGUCCUCCUGCUCCGUGUCCCACCUGCCCUCCAGCCGCUCCACCACAGCCUCCAUCGCCGCCGCCAGCCACGUCACGGGCACCCUCUUCGGCCCCCGGCGCGGCCGCGUCACCCUCUCCCUCCAGGAGAACCCCCGGUGCUUCCCCUCCCUGGUGGUGGAGAUCCCCGUCCAGACUUACGCCCUCCUCCGCGAGAUGAGCUCCGGCAUGGUCCGCAUAGCACUCGAGUGCGAGAAGCGGGCUCCCGACAAGGCCCAGUCGCGUCCCUCGAGGCUGCUCCUUCUCGACGAGCCGCUGUGGACCGUGUUCUGCAACGGGAAGAAGAGCGGGUACGGGAUGCGGCGGGAGGCGACCGAGGAGGACCUGGCCGUGAUGGAGACGCUCCGACCGGUGUCGAUGGGCGUCGGGGUUCUGCCGGGAAGGUCCGACGUGGAGGUGCCCGACGGCGAGGUCGCCUACUUGCGCUCUGGCUUCGAGCACGUGAUCUCGAGCCGUGACUCCGAGACGCUGUACAUGGUCACCCCCGACGGCGGCAACGGCCCCGAGCUCAGCAUCUUUUUUGUCAGGAUCUGAUGAUGGAUGAUCGAUAUAUUCUUGCAAGCAAGCAAGCAUCUUGUGAUGGAGAGAGGGAGGGUGGGAGCAAGAGCUUUGAGAUCGAGAGAGAGGGGAGGUGUCCUAGGGGUUGGGAACAACAACGUAUAUGGUGGCAGUGGCGGCAGGAGAUGCAAAGCAUCUCAUGCGGAGGCAGCAACAGCAUAGUUGCGGACAGGUAACGAUGAUCUCAACGAUACCGGCAAAAGUAAUGAAAGCAGCGAUUAUGAAACAAAUAGCAACCUGUUGCAAUGAUAGACGUGCUAUAUCAAUCUAAUCCGAGCUAAUCCCAUGCCUUUGAUCAACAUAUCUCUUUAUGCUUGCUUCUCAUCAUUUGACCCUUGAUAAAAAUGUUGCCAUCUUAAGGAGUGUUAGCACGCAGCUAUGCUUCGGAUUAAUCCUGCCACAAGAUAAGAAGGCAAAGGUUUCAUCAUGCUUACCCUAAUUUUCUGGCAUUAGGCUUCAGGAUUGCUUAUGGUUCAUGGCUUUUUUUUACAAGUACAAUUCUCGAAUGGGAAGAAGAAUUAUUGCCUUUAGCAUA